GCUUUGGAUAGCACGUAGUGUUCAAUGCCGCCAAUUUGUAUUGUGCACCAAACCAAUUGAUUUGUAUGUGUGUGCGUUAGACGCCAUCGUCUGUGCGACCGAGCAUCAGUUUGGUUUUCAUUCAGUUCUGUCAACGAUUAGCAAACAGCAUUCUGAGUCAUCGAACAUAAACAGCGCCCGAAAUAUUAAACAAAAUUCAACAUGUCGUCGCCAUCAACAUCAGUGAACGUUCUAUGGAAAAAAGAUGAAUCACCGAAUUCGGAUUCAUACGUUAAUAUUUUCAAUGUCAAAGGACACGAAGUGAGUUUGCAAAUGGUCAAAUUGCAAUAUGCAAUGUCCAAAGCAUCAUUUAACUACACAAGAGACGAAGCGUUCGCAAAAUGUCUCCGUGAAUGUGGCAAAGACUUUUUCAAAGACGGCGAUUUCUUCAAAGCAAUGUUCACAUUUAACUGUGGUUUGACGAAAAUCACAAAUGGUUCAGAGGAGCUGGGAAUUGCGUAUGCAAAUCGUUCGAUGUGUUUUCUGCGAUUGGACAUGCCGGAAAAGGCUCUGGUUGACAUUGAAUUGGCUCGAAAAUCGAAUUAUCCGGCAAAUUUGAUGCAUAAAUUGACCGUUCGCGAAGACAAAUGCAAGCAUUUGUUGGAGGACGAGGAAUUCAAAGCGAAGCGAUUCAAACUACGUGCACCAAUGUUGAGCUUCAAGGAACACGAGUCAUUCGCUGGCGUCGCUGACUGUUUGGAAAUUCGCAAGAACGACGAUUUUGGUUAUCACGUCGUCACAACGCGUGAUCUCGAGAUUGGGCAAACAGUUCUGGUGGAGCCAUCGUUCGCAAUCACACCCAAACGAUUCGAAAACAUCGGCCGUGAUCGCUGCUGGAAUUGCUACAAAGAUAUGCAGAAUUUCAUCGCAUGCAGCAAUCAGAAUUAUAUUGGCAGUCUUUAUUGUGACGCGAAUUGUGAGGAACAGUCAUUCCAUCGAUACGAAUGCGGUUUACCGAAUCUAUCUCGUAAAGAAACAACCGAUUUAGUUCAGAAAAUUCUCCACAAGCUCACUGUCACAUUCCCCGACAUCGAUUUAUUGAUGAAGACUGUCGAAGCGUUAGUCAACGACGAGGAAGUCACCGAUUUGUCGAGUAUGGAGCAGAAAAGAUUUUGCUCAAUAUUCAAGCUGAUUCACAAGCAUGAAUUGAAGCACAAUCAACAAGCGAAACUGUUGAUUCCAUCGGCUAAUACCUUUGUUAUGGUCAUGGACAUUCCAGACUUCAAAGAGAUAUUCAAAACCGAAGAGCAAUUACGAUUUUUGCAACAUUUAAUCCUGCAUUUGCACCAUGUCACCGAACACGCAUUCGAUUUACACGAAUACAGCCCAAACGGCAGCAAUGAACCAAUCAUGGCCCACACAUUUCUUCACUAUGCAAGUGCCGUGUACCCGUUCGCAUGUUACAUGAAACAUUCCUGCGUGCCCAAUGUCUUCUGGUAUUCAAUCGACGAUCGACUCAUCGGCAAAGUGAUUCGGCCCAUCAAGACGGGGGAACAGGUGUUCAGAUCGUAUUUGCCAGCAACUAAUACCUAUCAAUCCGAAAAAGAUUUCGAAAUUGGACCAAUCGAAGAGCGGUACAACUUCGAAUGCCAAUGCUCACAUUGUUCAGACGAACCAUCUGAAAAUGUCAACUAUGUGCGUGAUCAACAGUGGUUUGAAGCAAUGGCACCGAUGGAAAUGAAGCUGAAAGAUUUCCGAAAGCUGAGUCGCGAAGAAAUCGACGAAUAUGAAAAGAAGGCAGUUGAACUGGUGAAAAAGUACAACGACAUCUCUCCGUGUUCAAUCCAGGACAAUUUGAUUCUCAUUUGGAUUUUGCUGUCGCAAUAUUUCUAAAUAGUCACAGUCAUUUUGUCGUUGCUUGCAACAAAUCUUUUCUGGCUCAACACAAACAUUCCUACACAUAUAAAUAGUAAAUUCUAAAACAUAAGAAAGAAAAAAUCAUAUAAAAAUAUUCACAUCAGUUUCAAAGCGAUAAAAAUAUAGAUUUUCGUAACCAUUUAAAUUAAUCAACAGCAAAAUUAUCGUUAAUCAACUAAAAAUAGAACAAAAUGAAAUCAAAUGUGGUUCAUCAAACCAAAUCUUCAUCAGUUGGAAUUUUUUUUUUUCAAUAAAAAGUGUACAUUUCUUGCGCA